AUGAGUAAAAUCAAAGUUGUGAUAUUCUUGCACUAGGCUAUUCCUGUGCCUAAAUCUUUUGCACCCUAUGCACCAAUUUUAUUCCAACUUGAAAUAUUCGAAUAAAUAACUAAUUAAAUAAAUAUGAAGGAGAAAGGAUGUGUCAAAAUUGUGAUAUUCUUGCAAUUGGCUAUUCCUGUGCCUAAAUCUUUUGUACCCACAUCACAAAUUUUAUUCCCACUUGAAACAUAAGAAAAAAUAAAGAAUUAAAUAAAUAUGGAAGAGAAAGGAUGGUAAAAACUAUGGAUUUCGUUAGUAUUUUAGUUGUGUUGCGAUGAUGUCAAAGUUGUGAUAUUCUUGCACUAGGUUAUUCCUGUGCUUAAAUAUUUUGUACCCUCUUCACCAAUUUUAUUCCCACUUGAAAUAUAUGUGAUCAGUAAAGUCAAAGUUGUGAUAUUCUUGCAAUAGGCUAUUCCUGUGCCUAAAUCUUUUGCACCCUCUGCACCAAUAUUAUUAUCACUUGAAAUAUAAGAAUAAAUAAUUAAUUAAAUAAAUAUGGACGAAAAAGGAUGCAUUAAAGUUGUGAUAUUCUUGCACUAGGUUAUUCCUAUACUUAAAUCUUUUGCACCCUCAGCACCAAUAUUAUUCCAACUUGAAAUAUAUGAAUAAAUAAAGAAAUAAAUAAAUAUAAAAGAAAGGAUUGUAAAAAACUAUAGCUUUCAUAGAAUCAAAGUUGUGAUGUUCUUACACUAGGCUAUUCCUGUGCCUAAAUCUUUUGCACCCACUUCACCAAUUUUAUUCCCGCUUGAAAUAUACGAAUAAAUAACAAAUUAAAUAAAUAUGGAGGUGAAAGGAUGGUAAAAAACUAUGGCUUUCGUUAGUAUUUUAGUUAUAUUGUGA